GCAGUUUUUGACAUGUUAAUCUUGAUGUGUUUUAAAAGCUGCCAAUCACAUUACUGAGGCAGCUUGAAAGGAAGACUUAUAGCGAAGGCACUUACUCUUGGAUGUCUAUGGUGUCUUCAUUUUUCCCAAAACUAAGGUCUUCAAAAUAGAUCAUGACUCCACGAGAUCACAUGAGAAAAAUGUCUAUCCUGGGGGAACAAGGAGCACUAGAAGAAAAGCACUUAUACCGAUUGGCAAGUGGCAUGGCAGCAGGAGAACUGCGGCAGCGGCAAGAGAUGCUAAUGAGAAAUCAGCUGAUGGCAGUAAACCCUCAGCUAAUGGGUGCGGGCCAGCAGAGGAUGCAGGCGAUUCCCUCCCAGUUCGAGCCUCGACUGGUAGACAGAGAUCUGUUACCUUCAACUGAAAUGAUGGCAUCAGCUGACCCGAGGCAGAUCCACAUAGCGUCCCACCUAGGGCCCACGGUCCCACAGCACACAAACAUACCAAAUUUAUUGUCCAACCGUGUUUACCCAGGUUCAGGAUACAGUUUUCUGCAACCAGAAUCCAUGGAGGCUGUGGCAAGAAGACAGGAACUGGUUCAAAAGCAAAAUAUUGCCAGAAUGGAAAUGGAGAUGAGUGCUAUUUUUCAGCAAAAAGAAAUGGAGAAAGCUCAUCGGAAAGGGCUACUGGGCCUGGAAGCACCUUUCCUUUACCAUGGGAUGCCAGCUAGUCCCAUUGCUUUCCGUGGCAGACACAGACUACCUGAAGGUCAUCUUCCCAGUGACUUAUAUGUUCAUCGUACCACGCUUGAUGAAAUUCACGGCAACACUAUGCUCAUGGCAACGAGUCCAUACCCUCCAGUCAGCACUUUGCAAAGGGAGAGGGGGCGACGACCAGGGAGAAGAGCUGGAAAUCAUAAAACUGCAGACUGUAGUGGCAAUGGCACCAAGAACCAAGCUGAUGACAAAACUAUGGACCCUGCUUCAGCUGCAGCGGAUGAUGAGAAAGACGACAAGAAAGAAGCAGAGGUGGAGACACCAAACAAACAUGAACAAAGCAAAAACCAGACUGAGCCACCCACAGUUGCCAAAAACUGUAAAGAAUUUGAACAAAGCUUGAGAAAAAACUGUGCUACUCAUGAAAUUUCUGCUGAAACCAACAGCUGCAGCAACACAAAUGAGAAAGAAUCAAAUAGCUCCUGUGCUGCUUUUGAUGACAAGUACAUGUACCCUUCUGCAAUUCCAUUCUCAGCAUUACCAUAUGGAUUUCCAGUACCCAGCAACCCAUUGCUACCUUCAGGAGCACAUGGCCUGAUUCUGAAUGGGGAAGACAUUUCUUCCAUUGAAGACAUUCGCAAGUGGACUGUUGAUGAUGUGUACAACUUCAUCGUUAGCCUCCCAGGCUGUUCAGAUUAUGCCCAGAUAUUUAAAGACCACGCUAUUGAUGGAGAAACCCUCCCACUGCUAACAGAGGAACAUCUCCUGGAUACAAUGGGAUUAAAACUCGGACCAGCAUUAAAAAUCCGCUCUCAGGUAUCUCGACGUCUGGGCAAUGUAUUCUACAUGAUGAAUCUUCCCCUGUCGGUGCCCCUGCCACCUGCUCCAGGCAAACCGUCCGAUCAGCCCGCAGACAUAGCCUCCCCUCUUCACUGCAACAGCAGUGGCGACACGCUGGAUAGUCCCUGCUCUCAGGACCCAGAAACUUCAAAAGCAGUGGAACAGAUAGUUUCAGAAAGCAGAGAAAACCCAUGUGACACAGCUGGAUCUCAGGCUGACUUCCAGAUGAUGGCUUUUCAGAAAAGUUGAGCUGAGUCCAGGAUAUAAGAUGAUUUUACUGACACAGGAACCUCUAGUUACAAAGUAUUUGAGAAGACAGCUACAGCCUGAAAUCUCUGCAUGACUGACACUGAAUGAAAUAAGCGGCAAAUGCAGCUCAAGGAAGUGUGGUAUCAGAAAAGCAUUGAAAAACUGCAACUACCCGGUAGUGCAAUUACUUUCAAGUGCAAUUCAUUGAAAAGAAUACCAGUACAGUUAACAGGUAAAUUUAAUUUUUCCAUUAAAGACCAGUGAGAUCACUGGAAUCUGUCAGAGACUCGUAGUGUGCUCUGUCUUACAGCACGUUCCUGCAGGCUGCUGAGAAACUACAAGGAAAAGUUACAUCUUCCACAGGUAGCUGAUUUCUGCUUCUGUUGAACAAAAGCUAUACAGAAAAUUUACAUGGAAUUCAUUGGGAGAGUAUGGAAUUACCUGCAGAACACAGAGAAAUAUACCCCAGACUAAGCAAUUUCAAUUAAUUCCAUUGCUAUUCUAGAACUAAGCCUUUCUAGGUGCCUGGGAAGAGUAUGCAGAGUAUAGAAGAGAGACAUGGAUUAGACCCUAGACAUGAAAAUACCAAGUGUAAGAGCAGUUUUAAUUAUCCCAAGGCACUCAUAUUGAUUGAAUCUGCUUCAAGUGAUCACAUAGCUGAGCUGGGUUUAGACGGAAGCAUCAGCAAGAUCUGCCAUGAAGACCAGUCACUGGGACGUGAACAUCCCUGCAGGCAGCAGGCUCAGAGCCACCCAGUUCCUUCCAGACUCUGUUGCAACAUCGUUCCCCUCAGCUCACCUGGGCAAGCCAUGGAAAGCCCUUCACUCAGCAGCACACCCAGUGUUUUUAAUUUUGGAAGAGGCCAUCAAUUUUAGCCUGAGUGCUAAAAUCUCUCUGCAAAAAUUCAGUUCCCCUCACUUCUGCUACUGAUGAUUAAUUGCCUCACAGCAAAUAAGAACCACAAAUCAGAGUUUCUACCUAGGGAUAAAUCCCUGGCAAUUUCUUGAUUCUUGUAUGAAUUACUUUCGCUCCCUCUUUAGGGGUUUGGUGACGCACUGGUCUCCCACUCAGGCUUUGGAAGUCAGUAUACUGCAAUGCCAUCUUCCACUCUCCUCCUUAUAAGAACACUUCUUUACUCCAAAGGACACAAAAAUAUGUUUGAUAACUUUAUUUUUGUAAAUUGAGGGUUGACAGACUGUGGAUCUGCUGUAUAUCACUACUCCAGAUUCCCUUUCCUUAGCUGAGUCUGUGUGGCCUCAAGUACUUAAAAGCCCAAAGUACACUGGUGUUUAGAUGCGAGUCUAAACACGUGAGGAGAGGGAGUAUUCUCAUAUUUUAGGCUGUGAGCAACUGUUCUUUUAC